GUUUGGGCCUUCCUUGACCAAUGGGAAGACAAGAAGUCGCCAUGUGGCGUGCGGCUGAAAGAUUGGCAGGGAAGCCCCGCCCCCGCGCUGCCCUCCCCGGUGCAGAGUGCCGCGGCUAGCGCGCUGCUCAAGCCACCGGACCUCCGCUGUCACCACUGUCACCGCUGCCAUGGCUUCGCGACCCGUCACUCUCGGCAUCGACUUGGGCACCACGUCCGUGAAGGCUGCCCUGUUGGAGGCUGCACCCGACCACCCAGCCGGGUUCGUGGUGCUGGCCACCUGCACCCGGGCUGCCCGGGCAGAGACAGAGAGCACGGCGGCCGGGCCCCAGGGACGAGAGCAGGAUGUGACUAGAAUCAUCCAAGCCCUAAAUGAAUGCCUUGAUGUUCUUCCCCGGCAACAGCUCCAGAGAGUCGGGGCUAUCGGAGUAUCAGGACAGAUGCAUGGCAUCCUAUUUUGGAAAGCAGGUCAAGGCUGUGAAUGGAUGGAGCGAGGGCCUGUUGUAUUUGAGCCCAGAGCUGUGACCUUGGUCACAUGGCAGGAUGGCCGUUGUCACACUGGCUUCCUGGCUUCUCUGCCCCAGCCAGCAUCCCAUCUCAGUGUGGCCACAGGAUUUGGCUGUGCAACCACCUUCUGGCUUUUGAAAAACAGCCCAGAGUUCCUGAAGUCCUACGAUGCGGCUGGCACCAUUCAAGACUAUGUGGUUGCCAUGCUGUGUGGCUUGCCAAGACCCCUGAUGUCUGACCAGAAUGCAGCCAGCUGGGGCUAUUUCAACACCCAGAGCCAAAGCUGGAACUUGGAGAUACUGGAAGUGGCGGGCUUUCCUGUGCACCUGCUCCCCGACAUUGCAGAGCCAGGCAACAUGGCGGGCAGAACCUCUCACACAUGGUUUGCAAUCCCAAAGGGCACACCGGUGGGCAUAGCCCUGGGUGAUUUACAAGCCUCUGUCUAUUCCUGCAUGGGCCAAAGGACUGAUGCAGUUCUCAACAUCAGCACCUCUGUCCAGCUGGCAGCCUCCAUGCCUGUGGGAUUCCAGCCGCUGCAGACUCCGGAUCCUGCAGCCCCGGUCGCCUUCUUCCCUUACUUCGACAGGACCUACCUGGGGGUGGCAGCGUCACUCAAUGGAGGCAAUGUCCUGGCCACGUUUGUCCAGAUGCUCGUUCAGUGGAUGGCGGAUCUGGGCCUGGAGGUUGAAGAAUCCACUGUCUAUUCACGCAUGAUCCAGGCGGCUGCACAGCAGAAAGACACACAUCUCACCAUCACCCCAACAGUGCUGGGCGAGAGGCACCUGCCAGACCAGCUGGCCUCUGUGACUAGAAUCUCCUCCUCUGACCUUUCCCUGGGUCAUGUGACCCGGGCCCUGUGCAGAGGCAUUGUUCAGAACCUGCACUCCAUGCUUCCUUUUCAACAGCUCAAAGAGUGGGGUGUGGAACGGGUGAUGGGGAGUGGGAGUGCGCUGUCCAGGAAUGAGGUGCUGAAGCAGGAGGUCCAGAGGGCAUUCCCUUUGCCACUGUGCUUUGGGCAGGAUGUGGAUGCAGCCUUUGGGGCAGCUCUGGUCAUGCUCCGGAGAGACCUCGGCCAGAAGGAGCCUUAGUUCAGCAAGCUCUUUGGUUAAAGUAAUGCUGGGAAUUCUAUCUAAUUGACAUUGCCAACAUGAUCUCUGAAUUGUCCUUUUCCUGGACGGUUCUUUGGGCAGACUGUAAAUUAUACUUGAUCCUGAGGUACUGUCUAAAUUGAUCAAGAUUUUACCUUCAGGGCAUAUGAUAGUCAUACAGCCAGGAUCCCAAACUAGUGCCUUCCAAGAACAGGAUCUUCUGAGAGCAGAUUGCAAACGCAAGUGUGAGAGGUGGAGAGAAUGGGAGGGAGGGAGGAAAAUGGGAAGAGGGAGGGGGAGAAGAAGAAAGAGAAAAACACAGACAGCUUCCUGGCUGCUAGGCUCAUCUGUGAUUCACUUGUAGACAGCAAGAAAAGAAAGAUGACUUCAGAGCGAACAGUCUGAACAGGAGCCGUGGCUCCAAGCAAAGAAGACCUGCCUUAUGUCCAGCGUUUGGACUGGUCUUUGUAAGUGGUCCAGCUUUGAGUCAAGUGCAUUAUUGGAAAAUUCCUUCCUGCAGGAUUGUACGAGGUGGCUGGAGGCCCCCUUUCCAGUCUUGUUGUCCCUCAGCUAUGGCAUGUUCUUCGGGUAGAGAGAGACCCAAGAACACUGAAGCAGGAUGGCUUGGAGGAGGCUGGGGUCUUGGGCUUCUUGCCAUGUAUAUUUGUUUCUGGGAGAGCACUUCACCAGGGCUGCCCUGAGUCUUCUUAACACAACUGGCCUGAAGGCGCAUUCCAGAGAAGGAAAGGCAGGUGGCAUGAACAGCCAGAGGGACUAGAGCGUUGUGGCGAACACCAUUCUGAUAGACUGUUUUAAAGAUGACAGCAAGGCACUGAACCUUUUCCAUGAUUGUGCACAUGUCCCCAUAGCCCCUGCCACAGGGGGUGGCCAAUUUCAUGAGGGAACCCCUUGUCCCACAGGUCCCACCCCUUUCUCUGUGGUGAGGGCCUUGCUGGCCUUUGUUGGCUCUGGCUCAGUAGAAAUGCCCUGUUGGAGUGGGCAUGCAUAGAGGGCCAGAGUCACCAUCACUGUGCCUAUUCCUAGACUCCUAAAGGACCCAAGGCUCGGGGACACCUGUAACUUUGGGGAGCAGUCAUGUUGUCACUUUGAAUGAGUUGUUUUGCAAGCUAUAUGAUUGUGGGAACCCAUUUGAUGAUUUUGACUCCCGCUGCUGGCUGCAGUUUAGAUAACCGAAUAAAAUUCAUUUUCUCAGA